AUUUUUUCGUUUUGCCCCCUGAAUACUUUCUCCUUCGCCACCACUCGUCCCUGAUGCCGCGAGAUCGCGACGAACCCGCCGCGGUUCGCGUCUACACGGUGUGCGACGAAUCCAAGUAUUUGAUUGUGAGAAACGUGCCCUCUUUAGGAUGCGGCGACGAUCUCAUGAAGUUGUUCGGAUCGUAUGGGACGGUAGAAGAAUGCAAACCCAUGGAUGCUGAGGAAUGUGAACCAUACACAGAUGUUUUCUUUAUCAAAUUCUCACAGGUCAGCAAUGCAAGGUUUGCAAAGCGGAAAUUGGAUGAGUCUGUAUUUUUGGGUAACCGACUACAGGUGUCAUAUGCGCCUCAAUUUGAGAGUCUCUCGGAUACAAAGGAGAAACUUGAGGUCAGGAGAAAGGAAGUUUUAGGCCGAAUUAAAUCUGCAUUUGGGUCAACAUCUCAGGCUUCAUCAGAUGGUGGUUCAGAGUUUCAAAAAAGCUCUAAAAAAAGGGAAUAUGGAAUGGUGAAUCGAACUUCUCAUGCUGAACAUUUUCCUCUCAAUCAUGUGUCCUCCAACAAGGAUUAUUUUCCAUCGCCGUCGAUGAACGAGACUGUAAGAUUAGUUAGGGCAAAGCUUGAUAAGAUUCAAUCUACUGCUGAGAAAUCACAAGCUCCAGUGGCCUUUAAGAAAGCGCGGGUGGACAACCGAAGAAGAAUUUGAUCAUUCAAGAAGCAAUUUGAAAGGAUACCGAAGCAUGCGCAGGAAUGCUCAGCCCUAGCAAACUCUCUUUACAUUUGUAUAUAUUCUUCAUGUAUUUAUUUUCUACUUAUUCCCUUUUUUUUGUCUUUAGAUUCUUCAAAUUCUUGAGAUAUAAAGCCUCAUUUCUUUAUAAUAUUUUAGAUUAACUUUACUGGUUUAAAAUUCAA